UUAGACUUUACAGGAGAAUGCCGAGGAGGCCAAAAAGACAACCCACGUGAGGCUCAGUGUGAGGGGUCAGAGUUGACAGCAGCCUGGCGCUGUGUAGACAGACAGCAGUUAGCAGCCUGCUAGCUACAUGUGGAGCCGAGAGAAUACCUCGGGAGAUCAGCCGCGCACGAACUCAACACAAAUCACCCUUUCACCAUUAAAUACACCCAACGUACGUCGCACAUAGAACAAGGACUAACUUCUUUUCGCUAUGAAAGGCCGGAUCGAGCUGGGGGAUGUGACUCCCCACAACAUCAAACAGCUGAAGAGACUGAACCAGGUGAUAUUCCCCGUCAGCUACAACGACAAGUUCUACAAAGACGUCCUGGAGGUGGGAGAGCUCGCCAAGCUAGCAUACUUCAAUGACAUUGCGGUGGGCGCCGUGUGCUGCCGGGUCGACCACUCGCAGAACCAGAAGAGGCUCUACAUUAUGACGCUCGGCUGUCUCGCACCGUAUAGGAGACUGGGAAUAGGAACGAAGAUGCUGAACCAUGUAUUGAAUAUAUGUGAGAAGGACGGCACUUUCGAUAACAUCUACCUUCACGUGCAGAUCAGUAAUGAGUCGGCGAUCGACUUCUACCAGAAGUUUGGCUUCGAGAUCAUCGAGACCAAGAAGAACUACUACAAGAGAAUCGAGCCGGCCGACGCCCACGUCCUGCAGAAGAGCCUGCGCAGCCCCAGCAGCGCGCCGCUACCGCCCCCUAGUGGAGACCUCCAGAAGGCUGACUAGAGACGCACAGGCUCACACCCAACGCAAUGCUCAAGAGACCGCCUGUAAUGGGCGCUAAGGCCUCAAUGGUCGUUAAUGUCCGUUAACGCUCGUUAAUGGUUGUUAAAGCUCGUUGAUGGUUGUUAAAGCUCGUUAAUGGUUGUUAAUGUACCUCUGGCGUCACAUACUGAUGUGUUGGGUGUGAGACUGUGUCGUCUAGAGGCCCAACGAGCGGAUCCUAGCCCAGCCAAGUGGACAGACGGACAAGACAGACAGACGGAUGGAUGAAACAUGCUCUUGCCCCACCCCCCUCCCCUAAAGGAACUGAGACAACGAGGCCCAGAUCAAGUCCCUUUUUUUUCUUUUUCUUUUUGUUUUUCUUCCUCCUCUCCUUUUUCUUCGGUUAGGUUAUAUAAAAAAAUGGCAAAGUGGAAUUGUUUAAGAGUCCAGACUGCUUGCUCUCGAAGAGGCUGCUGAUUUUUUUGAGCGUUGAGACAUGGUGAAGGUUUCUGUGUUUUACAAGGCGUGCUGUUUUGUGUGUUCUUUUUUAAAAAAAAAACAAAAAGACAAAUGUUGACUUGUGGUGAAAGGGGGACGGUUUUGGUUUUGCCGUUGUGGACACACGGUGGAACUUAACAGAGAAGGGAACAUCUUCAGAACAUCUAGGACGACCAAUCAGCGAAGAAGAAGGAAGACGUCCCCCUUUUUCCCCCUCCCUCUCUCUCAGAUGGUAACCUUGGAAUGAUGCUUUCGAGUCGUCAUGGAGAACUCCAUCCCUUGGCCUUGCCUCCCCUCGGCACCUGAGCCAAUAGGACACUGGGGGAACUGCGGAGUUAGUGCUGCCUGGCAGUCGAGACUUCCUGCUUUUCUCGGCAGCGAGCAGCAGUGUGAGAGCACGUCGCCAGAUGCAGCGAGAUCUCUCUCUCUUUCUCUGCACGGCGAGGUUGACGCAAGAGCAGGAGGACUAGGGAUUGGGGGUGUGGGGGGUGUCGCGCAGCACAGCGCAACACAUGCAGAAAGCCCGCCUCCAGAAAAAGGAAAGGUGUUUUUUUUGUUCUGUUUUUUUUUUUUUUUUUUAAGUGGGAGAUUGAUUGAUUGUUUGAAAAGAUUUCACUGUGGGGGAAAUUUGGGAGGAGCCUCCCUGCUCGAUUUGAAUGUUUUGGUUUCUCUCUUCUGCCCAUUAUUUAAUUCCCCUCAAGAGUUUUAUUUUGAAUUUGUUACGAUGAUGAUGCUGAGAGGCUCCAGGUUUCUCUGGCGGUUUGGUGGAACUUAACACUGCAGGUCAGAUGCCAUAGAUAUGGGCACUAGAUGCUUGCUAGCACCUCAUAGCGAUACACAGAUACGAAUGCUAGAUUCUAAUGUGGUCAACGAUGUAUGUAGUGUUCAUGUCUAUGGAGUGGUCAGUGCGGCAUAUAGUGUUUAUAUCUAUGGUUAGAUGGUUAGAGGGGAAAAAAUCAAACAAGAUCAAAUCACAGCAUGUAGCUGUCGUGGAGAAAGAUCAAACUUGGCCCCUCCCUAGCCUUACAACUAAAUAUACCUUGAGUUUCCAAUGGAAAAAUGUGAGGCAGCUGAGUGUGUGGGAGUAUGCAGGAAUGCCAGUGUGAAGUAUUCUCUGGUAUAGACACUGUAACACAGUUGACCCCAGAACCUUCCCUGGUAUUUUAAGAACAUGGUUUCGUGAUAAACCUGGCCAAGUUAGCUAAUCUAUUGAAAGUGAUAAACCUGCUAAUGGAUGUCUACAGGUGUCGUUUUUAGUUAAGACAUUGAGGACUCUUCAUUAGCUGUUUUACCACUCAGGCCCAGGUGACGUUAAACUGCUGCCUGUGCUACUCCUGAAUCUCCUUCUUGGAUCACCCCAGGUGUCCAUUGGGCAGGCCUGCUGAUGGCUUUGACUGGGCCCAGGGUAAAGUAAUCUAACCCCCAUCCAAAUAAAAACAAUGAUAAUGAAUAAUGAGUACACAAUUCUGCACCUGCACAAUUCUCUCACAUACCCCCCCGUCGGCUCCCUUGACAGUGUGCAUCAUAUUCUGGUGUGGGGUCGCCACGAGACUGCUGCCUUCUAGAACAGGACUUUGUGUGUGUGUAUGUGUGCGUGUGUGUUGUAUUUCCAGCUCUGUGUGAGUUGAGUAUAAAUUUGAUAUUUUCUUCUCUGCUCACUGGCAGCUUAAAUCUCUCCCGCCCACACUCUGCACCUUGCACUGUUGCUGUGGCGUUUAUUGAUGCCCAUGUCCACCUGAAAUGCAUUGUGGGGGUGUAGCAGGUGGUACCACACUGUAAACAAAUAGGUUCCUUAAAGACCAUUCGGUUGAAUGUGGGGAGGUGGGGCAUCUUGAAAGUUCUCAGAGUAACCUUAAAAGUUCCUGGAAGAACCCCGAGGCUCAUUAAAGAACCUUAAGUGGCUCAAAUAACUUUUCGACUCCUUAGUUCUCAGAGGAGCCUUUGGAACCACAGGGUUCAUACAAGAACCAAUUUGUCACAUAUUGAUUCCUCUGAAAACUUUUAGGUUCUCUGUGGGUCAACUGAGGGUUCUUGAAGGAACUUAAAUUAAAUUAAUUUUUGCAGUUCAUGAGGGUUCUUGUGAAGAACCAGGGCCAGAGCACCAGACCUCCCAGAGAAGCCUUGAACCCUGUGCAUGCACGGAGAGGAGAGGUCGGCCCUCUCCAACGUAGUCAAAGCAUGUCCCUCCCCCCCCCUUUCUUUGAAGAAUUUUAUCUGUUUCUGGAGCUCUAUAUUGUAAGACUUUUAAACCUCUAAAUAAAGGAAAUACUAUUUGCAGUAA